AUAUGGAAAAUCAUGCAUUAUCAAUUAGUGCUCAGACACUGUACCUGUUCAUGCCUCUGUUAAAGACCAGCACAUAAUCCUCCCCGGAUUUUUACAAUAAUUCUUGAAAUCUUGAUCCCUGUUUGCAAAGCUUUUGGCCAAAAUGGGUGAGAAUUUUCACGGUUCUGGUUGGCCUGAAGCGGUAGAUUGUUUUGAUUUCAGUGCUGCAAUGAACUAUGAGUCUUCUUACCUGGUUCCUUUCUCUCUACCGCCUGAUUCCACCACUUCCAAUUCGACUCAAUCACAGGAUUUUCCUCCCUGGACUGCUGUUCCUUUUGAAGGAAUUGCAGAACAAAAGGCUGCCUCAGUUUCAAGGAGUCAUAGUCAAGCUGAGAAGCGACGCCGAGACAGGAUUAAUGCACAGCUUGCAGCUCUCAGGAAAUUAAUUCCAAAGUCUGACAAGAUGGAUAAGGCAGCUUUAUUGGGAAGUGCAAUAGAGCGCGUGAAGGAUCUGAAGCGAAAAGUGGCGGAAAUCAGCAGAGGCUUCCCUAUGCCGACGGAGGUCGACGAAGUUAUAGUGGAUCGUGAUGGUGGUGAAGAUCAAAAAGCAAGCGCCGGAACCAUCAGAGCGUCCGUCUGCUGCGAUGAUCGGCCGGAAGUGUUCAUGGAGCUCAUCCGAGUCCUGAAAGGCCUAAAACUGAGCACGGUUAAAGCCGAAAUCAUCAGUGUUGGCGGCAGGAUGAAGAGCAAUUUGAUCCUUUGCAAUAAGAACGAUGAUCAAGAAAAUGUUUGCUUGACCACAGUGAAGCAAUCCCUGAAUUUAGUUUUGAAUAGAAUUGCGUCGUCGUCGGCCGGAUUAAACUUCCGGAUCCGUAGCAAAAGGCAAAGGCUGCUUUUUCCUUCUGCCUUUGAGAAUAAUUAAUUGAAUUAUUAUUAUUCUAAGUUUUGAGAAAUAUGAAAGAAAUUACCUUUUUCUUG